GGAAAUUGACUUGAGGCUUUCUUUCUAUUUCCCUUGACUAGAACAUGGUUAUCGGAUAGAGAGCACAAACUAAUCAGUCAAAAAGCGUUAAACAUAGAAAUGCAGCUCCAAUUCUCGCUGUAAAGUGUCAAGAAAAUGGGCAUUCAAUAUUUUAUUAAAAGCCGCAACCCCCAAUUAGCACUUCACUUUGCAAAUAAUUUUGAUACAUUUCAAUUUCACACCAUUACUUUCCGUGUUAAGGGUGCUUGCUGCAAAAGGUAUUGUAGGCAUGCGCGCCCACAUUUCUUUUCCACAAACACUCGUAGCUGCCAUAAGUCAUUCCAUUACAGUUUACUUGUCCAUAACAUGCCAUUGACUAGAUGAUGUGCUCCCAUGCAUUUUAUGUUGUGAGACUUGAGUCGUAUUUGGAAAAUGGAAUCAUUCCCUAUCGUAUAAUUCUGACCCAAUACAGGAAAACCCUCCUCCUUUAUCCGGGCUUGGGACCGGCUGUGAAAAGAGAAAUGCAUUCAUCAAAACACAGGCGGAGUUACUCAUCAAAAAUAUCUACAGCAACAGCCAGCAGCUGCACCCAUUUUUACCUCCUCAUUAACUUGUACCAAACGGGUCGGUCUACCCUUUGAAACUCAAUAACUAGCUUGCUUUCACGCAGCCAUUAGGCACCAGAAGUGGUAAGAGACCAACCACCAAAUUAAAACAACAUGGAUAAUGUCUACAUUCCUUCUCCAAAAUACAACUUUUAUCCAUGUUUGUGUUUAUUAUUAUUCUUUUGCUUUCCUCUUUUGUUGGGCCGAUGUCUAGCUGUUUGCUGAGUUAAGAUUUCUAAGGGAAGUGAGAAUUAGAUGCAAUUUUAGAAGGCAUUUGUCAUCAAUUACUGCUGGCUGCAGGUUUUUACAAGUUAUGGAAUAAUAAUAAUAAUAAUAAUAAUAAAUCCUUUUAAGCUUU